AAAUCUUUUAUUAAACAAUUAACAUAUAAAAUAAAUAAUAAAUAACAUAACUAUCUGAAUGCAAACUUUACAUACAAUAUAUAAAUAACCGAAAAACAAACAAAAUUUUCAGAAUGAUAAAAAUGCAACCAAGCAAAAAAACAAACAAACUUAAAACUUGCUGUGACACCGUGGUCCUAUAUCCACAGUCCAAUAGUAGUGCCUUUUUUUUCUUAAAACUGCUGCUUGCCUUGGCUUCUGCAAAUGCAGCCAUUAUGUCUUCCAUAUCUAAAGACCUCCGAACAUCUCUUUCUAUUGAAAUCAGUGCCAGUCCUGUGAGCCUCUCCUGUAGAGGUCUGCUGUUGCUGUUGCUGUUGAUGCUGCUGCUGUUGUUGUUGUUGUUGUUGUUGUUGUUGUUGUUGUUGUUGUGGGCCAAAAAACUUCAACAAAGCACCUUGAGGAAGAAAAAAGAAAAGAGCACAAUGUAUUUGGUUGGCUUGUGUAAAGUAAAGUAAAGUAAAGAACUGGGCAUGCUACACAAACACAACAUUUGAGAUCUGUAUGGAAUAAUUAAUGAACAUCCAUUUGCAGUAACAACUUUAAUGCUUCAUGUUAACAUUUUAUUUAAUGUAACAUUUAGGCUAUAGCAGAAAAUGUAUGGAUAUAUAGGAUAGGAUAUACUUUAUUUAUCGCUGAAGGGAAAUUCAGUCGUCCAGCAGCUCACAUUUAAAAAAAAUAAUUCCAAAUAAAAAUUAGCACCAGUUUAGACUUUAAACUGACAGCAGAACUGAUGCUGGUAUCAGUUUUAACAUUUGACAACAAAUGCUUUAUUCUGGGAGAAUAUAUAUCAUUGGCAUUGGCAGCAAAGGACUAACUUAUUGUGUGGCUAAGAAUGUGUUUAGAAGAAAGUGGCUGAAUUCACUUUACACAGUGACAACCCGGAAAGGGCCCUGUGCGGGGCAUUUCCGAUACGUUGUCGUUGCAGCGUCUAAAGCAGGUCCAUUAUUUUGUCAUUGACAUCAGCCGUCCCUCGGGGGCCCCCUUCAGCUCGUUGCGGCGUCACUGCCAAGGGGAAUGUUCUCACAUUCACAGUCCACACUCGGAUUUGUCCGCUUUGGUCUGCGUCAUCAACUCUAUAAGCAGCAAUAGCCGGUCGUUGCUCGCCUCUCACUCUCAGCCUGCAUACCGGUAAAGACGCUCCGCACUGACACCGAUGGCACCGGCUCUACUCUUUCUCUGCUUUAUACUCGCUGCUGUGAGUGUAAAGAGUUGUAUGGUGGAUAAAUGCGUGACGGCGCCCGUGGGAGACUCUGUUGAGUUUUCGGCCAGUGAUAACUGCACAGAUGGUAAAGAGUUCAAACUGAUGACAGAAGAUAUCACUGUGACUGUGGCAGCGCGCGUUAACGGUGUUUGGACCCCAGGAGAGGAUUACAAAGACCGGAUUGAACAUCUUUCUUCAUCUUCUCUCAAGUUAACCGGAGUCACCCUCAGAGACAACAAGCUGAAAGGAAUGUACGAGUUCAUGUGCGACAAUAACCCUGUCACAUACAUCCACCUGAGUGUUUCUACAGCCUUUAACCUGUCUGAGACCGAGGGAGAGACGGGAGGGAUAAAGCUGAAUCCGACCUCCCUCAGACCUCCACCUGUUAAUUCCACACAGGGACCCGUUGAAGAUGAAGGGAGGAGAACUGGGAUCAUUGUUGGUGUGGUGCUUUCACUCGCAGCAGCAGUCGCAGUCAUCCUCGUUGUUUGGUACCUGAAACCCUGCAGAUCAAAAGUUCCACCUGGAUCCGGUGAUGAAAGACAGACAGAUGUGGAGAUGACACUUCUACCUGGGGGUGGUCUCCUGGUUCUCAGGUUAAUGGGGGACCUUCAGUGCCAAACUCCAAUGGUUGUUGAUGUAUAACCAUGUAUAUAUGUAUAUAUGUAUAUAGGCUAUGUGUAGAUAUGUAUAGCGCCUUUCUAUUCUUCCCACCAAUCAACGCGCUGUACACACACAUUGUAGCUCUAACUCUUUUUUUCUUAUUGUUUUUUUUAUGGCCUUUUAUAUUGCCUUGACAGCUGAAGACAGACAGGAAAUGGGGACAGUGAGGUGAGCUAAGGGACACCCCCUCUCAGCACAGUGUUGUUCUAACUACUGUAUCUGUCUGCUUCUCUGACAAUAAAAUGUAGAAUUGUAAAACUGUGA